UCAACCCUUGAGCUGUUUCUGUUGAGCAGCGUGAGCGUGGCGGACGCCGGGUAAACGAUCCUAUCCGUUUGAAUAAAAACAAUUAUCACGACUGGAUAUUAUAGUACCUAAAGAUAUAUUCAAAAUGCCUUGUCGAAAGGAGAAUUAUAUCUUUUUGGAACAGUCGGUAACGGUGGACUCUAAGGAAGUAGACGCUCUCGUGUCGAAAAUCGGCGAGGCGCUUCAGCUUCACAACAAUAGCUCGAGUCAGAAGGCGAUGUCACGUUUCCACGGUCAUGGCAGCAGCAGCAACAACAACAACAGCAGCAGCAGCGCGGCGGGCAGUCAACGGUGCAUCCGUCUUCGUAGCCGGAGUUUACGGUCCAGCCGGGCCAGUCCGUACAACCCGCCCGGAUCCAGCGAUCAGGAAUGGGACCAUUUCAAAUCAUCGUGGAACAGAAAGAAAAUCGACGAGGACGAUCCACACCAGCUCCUCCAGGAACUCAUACUGUCGGGGAAUCUGAUCAAAGAAGCGGUCAGACGACUCCAGUUUCCCUCGGAACCACCGGAGAACGACAUCCCCAAACCUGUAGACUGAGUUCACGAGCCCGCAGAUGCAUGGACGUCGUCACGUUUUCAGAUUAUGGGGCAGCCAGCUCGUUGUCAUACGUUGGUUUUACAAACUUUGAUAUCACACCCUUAUAAUUUUUCUAUUGUAUAUUACUGAGGUGGAAAUGUGGACUGUUUUGCAAUGUGACCCUCCUUAUUUAGUCAUUUUCUAUAUUGUUUCUCUCAGUGUUUGAAUCGAAAUGCAAAUGUGAUGCAAAAAAUCUAGUGGUUUAUAGCAUUUUAUAAUAGUAUUGACUGGCCUCUGGUUGGUUUGUCCUAGAAUGGUGCAUCUUGUUUUGGUUUGCUGGAGUUCAGCACUUUGUGUCAGUAGCAACCGAGAACUGCUCAACUGCUUUGUUUACAAGUGUAACUUAGAUGUGGUCAGGCUGCUGAUUUGCAGUCCUCGCCUAGAUCAGGCAACGGGUCACACUUUUUGUUUACUCAUCAAACUAUAUUUGGAUAGCUACAUAUCGCUAUUUUGUUUUCAAACUGGCCCUGUGUGCGUCUCGGGAGGGCCCAUGUGUCCUCUGUCACUUUCUAUGUGAGGAGCAAGGCCAACACUCCUUCUCAAGAGACACUGAGAUCAAACCCACAUGCACGUGGAGGGGAUGUGAUCACUGAGGGCAACACACUGACACUGCGGUGUAUUUUGAUUCCAAUGUGGAGUUCUCGUGUUUGUUUUUUUGUUUUCACUCUGUGUAAACUCAGCGUAUGCUUCGCAACGAAGUGUUUUUAAUAACUCUGAUUGUUCAGAGAAUUUGGUGUCUAAUAAACAUGGUGUGUUUUUUGCAUAAGGUCA